AUGCAGCUUUAUCGCAAUAUAACUGCGCUGCUUAGCUUAAUCGAACUGUCACCUAUUUUUCAACAAUUCAACCAAGUGGUGAAAGAUAUUUGCAUUGCAACAGCCUCGGAGCAGGAAAUUCUCACUUUCAUCUACACGAGCAUCGGAAGUACAAAUUGUGGUACACACAGCCACACCCACUUAAAUGUGCCACUCAUCUUGCACACACUUCACACUCAAAAUCCAACAACAGCCGUCAUCAACAUCGACAAGCGUUCGCCCAUCGAGCGCUACAGCGAGCAAUUCAAUCGUAAAGUACUUAGUAUUGUGCAACUUAGCCAGAACAAACCUAGGGAUGAGCAAUUGUUGCAGUCACUGUGGAAACGUAUUUACUUGAAUAGACAGAGUGCGCUUAUACUGCUUUUCGAUGAUAUGGCCACUGAAGCAUAUGUGGCGAGGAUUCUUAAAUUCUGUGCAAAACAGCGCGCACCGAAUGUCAUCGCUUUGCAACCUCAUAUGGCAGUGCAAGAUUGGAGCUACUGGACAUUGCAAAUGUUUCCCAUACAGAAAACUGUGAAGCGAACAUUCCAGCCAUUCUACCGAGAUCUUUUCCCCAAACAAGUAAAAAACAUGCAUGGACAUCCUUUACGUGUAAUGGACAAUGCAUGGCAUCCACAGUUUUACAACUACACACCCACACAUGGACCAGAGACGCUUAGUGGGUAUAUGGGCAGAGCUUUAACGGAAUAUGCACAUCGCCAUAACGCGACAAUCGAAUUUCCAUUUUCUAUUAGAAAUGAAGUUAAUGCUCUUUCCAGAAUGCGUCAAGCUUUUGAAAACAACGAGGCAGACAUUGGUAUGCUUGCUCCCAUAGAAAUUGGUGAUAAUGUAUUUCAAUCCACGUUUGAGGUGCUCCGUAAAAACUGGUGCUUUAUCGUACCAGUGGAAACCCCAAUACCGGCAUACACUUUUUAUUAUAGUAUAAUGGACAAGAAAUAUCAACAGCAACAGCCCCUUUUCGAGAGCAUUGUCAAUGUAUCCGUACUUCAAGGUCUGGUAGGCAUGCCAUUUUGGACAAGAAAGUCCAUUUCAACCAUUCAUAAAAUCGUGUCCGUUAUUAUCUCAUUGGCCGGUGUCAUCCUGGGUACCGCUUACAGUACUUACUUGCAGAGUUUCCGUGUAGAUCCACCCGUAGAGCCGUGGUCAAAGACUAUUGAUGACUUAUUAGCACGCGGUAUCAAGGUGGCAGCGUCAAAUAUUACCAUACUUGGGAUGGAGUAUAAUAAAGAAUUUGUUGAAUACCUUCCAAAUUUAACAUACUUCAGCAAUUAUACAGAGCUACUAAUGCUACGAGACACAUUAGAUACUAGCUAUGCAUUUCCAGUCUCCGACAUAUGGUUCAUCUACGAUGAGCAACAAAAGUAUUUCUCGAGACCCCUUUUCCGCUUAUCGGACAUUUGUUUGGGAAGAAAUAUACCAUCAGCAUUGUUCCUGCAGAAGAAUUCCGUAUAUCGUCAUAGCCUAAAUAAACUCGUUUUGAAACUGCAGGAAGUUGGAUUAAUGAACUACUGGAUGCGGCACAGCUUCGUAGAGUUAUUGGAGAUGGAUGUGAUUUCAUUGGAAGAUCGAAAUAAGCAGCCUCUUUUCGUUCCAAUGAAAUUGGAGGACUUGCGUGUGAGUCUGCAACAAUUGCUCGUCGCGUGGGGCGUUUUGGCUAAGUUGCACAAUGAUAAGAAUGUUGUGGUUGAAGUGAUCCCUGAAACGCUGAAUGGGCGUACGGAUGUCGAUGUUGAUGACGGCUGCUGUUGGAUUUUGAGUGCGAAGUGUGUGCAAGAUGAGUGGCACAUUUAA